CUAACAUUGCUGAUAUUGUCCUUUCACUGCAGACAUGAAGCAUCAUUUACAGAAAUUGAUGGAAUUUUAAGCCAAUCGGUACGGGGUAUCACAUUCAUAGUCGGUCGUUAUCCAGCAUUGGUUACUGCUUACUUGCCCCCGGUCACCCUGGGAGACCAGCCUGAGAAGUCUGAAGCUUUGUAGCAAUGUCGGGUAGCAGAAUCCAAAACUACUUUUAAUGGAUCAAUUUGGCCAUCCCUUGUUCCUCUUAUGUUUUUGCAUGUUGAUAGUAGCAGAAGAAGAUUUGCAUGUUGAUAGUAGCAGAAGAAGAUAAGCCUCAUUCAAUAAUACAUAAUGGAGGACAAUUUCUUGUCUUCAGUAUGCACUUCAUUAGCCCCCACUGGCAGUUGCUUUUCUGCUUCAACGUUCUGUUGGUUUUAGCCCUAACAUUCUAUAAAUAGGCACCUCCAUUGACUGCAAAUCGGCACACCAUAUCAAUCUUGCCUAAGUUGUCCUGUCCAAUAUUCCAAUGGAUUCAAAAACAUCAGGCUUUCCUCUCAACUCUUCAAAUCUUCACUCAGUUCAUUUCCAUGCCAAGGAGGAUAAUGAUAUCAUUGAUCUGGGUCUUAGUCUCAGAACUCUGCAACCUGAAGCUUAUCAUCCCUCCGGACAAUUGUUAAGCCUUGAGGCAUAUGAUGAGCUCAUAGAUUGGCCUCAGGCCAACCUGAACUUGAAAAGCUCAAACACCAUCCACUCAAGAAGUACCCCAGAAGAUUGUGACGAAGAGUCGGAGGGAGUCCAAAGCAAAGAGAGGUGGGCUUAUGUGAAGGUUAACAUGGAUGGUGUUAUUGUCGGCCGGAAAGUGUGCAUUCUUGAUCAUGGUGGCUACUCUAACCUCACACGUCAGCUGGAUGACAUGUUUGGUACAAAGUUGCCAUCCGGGUUAAGGUUGUUCGAGGAUGGAUCAGAAUUCACACUUCUUUAUAAAGACACAGGAGAGAAUUGGAGGGCUGUUGGCGAUGUGCCAUGGAAGGAGUUUGUGGAGUAUGUGAAGCGGCUGAGGAUUGCACGAAAGAAUGCAGUUCUUGUUCCUGGUUCAUCAAAAUUUGCCUAAAUUUUCUUUACCUCCUAGCCCCCCUCCCCCUUCUCCCUCUCAUGUUUUAAGCGUCUCUGACUUAGAAGUAAAGUCAAGGAGGCAACCUUGUAAGAAAACGCCUUUGAAAAUCUAACUUUCAGGUAAGUUGCAUACA